GACCCAGCUCGCUCCAGGUUGUGGGGACUCCACGCCCCGAGGCCUGCGGUCCGCGAGGACCAGCGCCCCGGAACCAGUGGCCCACUGCUCCGAGGACCGAGCUCGCGCCAGGCUGUGACUCCACAUCCCGAGGUCGCUGCCUGGCGACCGGGCAGCGAGGACCGGCCACCCCAGACUUCGUGUCCCGCCGCCCCGAGGACAGAGCCGCGAACGCGAGGACAGCGACGCCUGCACAGCUCUGCUGAGAUGGCGGCAGGCUCCACUACGCUGCGCGCAGUGCAGAAGCUGCAGGUGCGUCUGGCCACGAAGACGAACCCAAAAAAGCUGGAGAAAUAUUUGCAGAAACUCUCCGCCCUGCCCAUGACGGCAGACAUCCUGGCGGAGACUGGAAUCAGAAAGACGGUGAAGCGCCUGCGGAAGCACCAGCACGUGGGCGACUUUGCCAGAGACUUAGCGGCCCGGUGGAAGAAGCUGGUGCUUGUGGACCGAAACACCGGGCCUGACCCACAGGACGCUGAGGACAGCGCUUCCCGACAGCGCCUCGGGGAGGCUCUCCAGGACCAGGAAAAGGCCUGGGGCUUCCCAGAAAACGCGACGGCCCCCAGGAGCCCAUCUCACAGCCCUCAGCACGGACGGACAGCACGCAGAACACCUCCGGGACAACAGAGACCUCACCCGAGGUCUCCCAGUCGCGAGCCCAGAGCCGAGAGAAAGCGCCCCAGAACGGCCCCAGCUGAUUCCGGCCCCCGUCGGGACCCUCCAACGCGCACCGCUCCCCUCCCGACGCCCGAGGGCCCUGAGCCCGCUGUGCCCGGGAAGCAACCCGGAAGAGGCCACGCUCACGCCGCUCAGGGCGGGCCUCUGCCGGGUCCGGGCUGCCAGGGCCAACCUCAGGGGGAAGCGGUGGCGAGCCACAGCAAGGGGCGCAAAUCGUCCCGCUGGGCUUCGGCUCACAAAUCGCCUCCUGUCCAGGAAAGCCAGUCAGAGAGGCUGCAGGCGGCCGGCGCUGAUUCCGCCGGGCCGAAAACGGUGCCCAGCCUUCUCUUCGCAGAGCUCUGGGACCCCUCAGCGGCCUGGAUGCAGGCCAACUACGAUCUGCUGUCCGCUUUUGAGGCCAUGACCUCCCAGGCAGAGCCAGAAGCACUCUCCGCGCCAACGUUCCAGGAGGAAGCCGCUUUCCCUGGACGCAGAGUGAAUGCUAGGCUGCAGGUGUACUCGGGCUCCAGGCCUGCCUGCCAGCUCCAGGUGCUGACGCUGCGCCAGCAGUGCCUCCCGGUGCUUAGAAACAAUCCGGACGCCCUCGGCGACGUGGGAGGGGUCGCCUACUCGGUUCUUGAACCCGUUCCGGAAGGGUGGACGCCUGAUCAGCUGUAUCGCACAGAGAAAGACAACCACGCACUCGCUCGAGAGACAGAUGAAUUAUGGAGGAUUCAUUGUCUCCAGGACUUCAAGGGAGAAAAGCCGCGGGAGCACGAGUCUUGGCGGGAGCUGUACCUGCGGCUUCGCGACGCCCGAGAGCAGCGGCUGCGAGUAGUGACCACGAAAAUCCGAUCUGCACUUGAAAACAAACCCAGCGGCCGACAGACAAAGAUGAUCUGUUUCAACUCUGUGGCCAAGACGCCUUAUGAUGCUUCCAGGAGGGAAGAGAAGUCUGCAGGAGCCGCUGACCCCGGAAACGGGGAGAUCAAGCCAGCCCCCCAGCCCGCAGGAAGCAGCCAGGCUGCCUCCGGCCUCGGGGACGGCGGCGGCGGCGGCGGCGGCGGCGGCAGCAGCAGCAGCAGCAGCAGCAGCAACGUCCUUCACGGGCCCCCUGAGAAGCGGGCCAACCCCUGCCUGAGCAGCAGCAAUGAGCACGCGGCGCCCGCGGCCAAGACCCGGAAACAGGCUGCCAAGAAAGUGGCCCCGCUGAUGGCCAAGGCAGUUCGAGACUACAAGAGAAGAUUCUCCCGACGAUAAACUCAGGACUUGCCUUACACAUAAAAUCUGGGGGGAGGAGGACCAAUGCAAAGUCAACGCGGGUUGG